ACGCUUGUGAGGUGUAGAGGCUAUGUUCUGUGGUGGUGUGAGGGUGUAGUGCUGCUAUGGCGAGCGGCAGACGCCACGCCGGGGGACGUAAUGGACGAUACCUCACAGUCAGCGUCUUACAUCUAGUCACCAUCAUGUGUCAAGCCCUGACAGAUGGACCUCGCUUCAUUGAACCGAUCCCAAACGUGACGGUUGCCCUUGGUCGCGAUGCGUCGCUCCCCUGCGUUGUGGAGAACCUCGGCAGCUAUAAGGUAGCUUGGAUCCACAUAGAUCGACAGAUGAUCCUAACCAUACAUCGCCACGUGAUAGCACGCGUGCCUCGGUUCAGCGUGUCGCACGACAACCAGAAAACAUGGCUGCUGCACGUAACUGGUGUCCACCAGGAAGACCGUGGCUAUUACAUGUGUCAAGUGAACACCAACCCCAUGAUCAGCCAAGUGGGGUACCUGCAAGUUGUAGUGCCACCUAAUAUCCUCGACGCCAACAGCACGCAGUCGUCGGUGGCCGUUCGAGAAAACCAGAAUAUCACCCUCACUUGCAAGGCUGACGGCUUCCCCACACCGAAGUUGAUGUGGCGUAGAGAGGACGGUCAGGGAAUCAGCAUCGAACGCCGGAAGAAAGUGAACGUGUACAAUGGCGAGCAACUGAAUUUGACUCGUAUUAGCCGAACAGAGAUGGGCGCCUACCUGUGCAUUGCUACCAACGGAGUGCCCCCCUCCGUCAGCAAGAGGAUCAUUGUCGACGUGGAAUUCUCGCCGAUGAUAUGGGUGCCGAACCAACUGGUAGGGGCCCCUGCCGGUACCAACGUCACGAUCGACUGUCACACAGAAGCGUACCCUCGCGCCAUCAGUUACUGGGUCUACGAGAACGUGAUGAUUCUUCCGACAAGAAAAUACGACACAGAGACCACGGCGAACAGCUACAGAGCGCACAUGAAGUUGACUAUCCGGGAUCUGCGAGACAAGGACUUCGGCAAUUACAGGUGCAUAUCCAAGAACUCGCUGGGCGAGACAGAGGGCUCCAUCCGGCUUUACGAAAUUCCGAUGCCGUCGUCACCACCGAAGGCAACGGAGGUGCGUAGCAGCGGAGCAAAUAAAGAAGAGAAGCUUUUGCCACGGAACGCCACGAAGUCGCUCGCGGUGGAUGACCACACUAAACCCUCCUCUUCCUCGAGCUCCAGCGCCGAGAUGAAGCGCGAGAAUUCGGGGACCCCGGACCGCCUCACCCCACCCCCAGACCCCCAGGGGGGCUCAGGCUGCUCAACGGUGCUGAGGUGGUCGUCCCCGGGCAUCGUGCUGACCGGGCUCGUGAUGGCCCUCACAGGCCACUGAAAUGCUCAACCUUCGCUUCUUUACUGACCCCUCAAAAAGUGUUUUAUUGGGUCUCAUUCCUGCAGGUAAGAGAACAAAGUGUGCAGGUGGAACUCCGGCGGAACAAAGACGUUUGACGUCCUCACGGCGAUGAAGCCGUCGAUGCUGGUCUUCUGGAUCGUAACGCCGUAUGCCAACGUUUCGGAGAAACAUGCUGCCGCCAUCUUCAGGGCUGAAAUUGCCACCGAUUUUUCAGCCCUGACGAUGAAGACGGUAUGUUUCUCCGAAACGUUGGUAUUUACGUACAAAUCCACACUGCGUUGUUGUGCAGGAUACUAAUAGUUAAAAGUGAUUGGAAAUUUUAGAAAUAUUAUCUACUUUUUUUCAAAGUGAUGGAAAAUGUACGUUCUUCCGGUGCAUAAAAAUAUUCUGUAAAUUGUACUUUUUAAUGGCCGAAUUUGUUUUAACUUUUUUAAUAUUAUAUUUAACUACUCGACUGACAUCUGUCAGUGAUUUGAGUAUUCUUUCAUAGUUUUCAUACGUAUAUGAGCAGUUUGUGCUGUUGCUUACAUAAAUUCCGCCAUAGAAACAAUGCGGAGUAUUAAAAGUACGUAAAGAAUUUUGACCUCAGUAAUCACAGACCUCAGGAAUAUUCCAUUAUAAAAUAUUUACAUGCUUUUCAUUGGUCGCUUCUACAGGUUGGGUAAUUUCAUAUUCCCUUUUCGUUGCGCUGGUAUUAAAAUACGAAAUGUGUGUCUCUGGCCGCCUUAAUGGUAUGCAACUCUAAACUCUAUUCUGUAAGUUGAGUUAAAUUUAUCCAAGUAAGCUUUACGAACAAUUAAAUCUAAGUUUAUAAAUAUGACAUGUUCUUAAUCGACCUUUACGUAAUUCUAUUUGAGUCUAAAUAAUACGUUAGAUUUUAUUUUCUCCUUGAACUUUGUGGCCGAGUACUGUGGUUCUUAGUGGCAAGUCGUGUUUGUAUUGUUCCCUUAGGGCCGUUUAUAAAUACCCCGUGUUGCUACGUUACACAAACUGCAUUCUAUUUUCUUCGAAACAAAAGAGUUCAAAUCCAUUAAUGUUUACGCGAACCAUGUUUUAGGUUUUUAUUACAUUUCCCUGCGCAUUAUAUGUCCUCUGUUGGUAACGUAACCAAAUAGCUCGUCAGCCGUGAUUGGUUAAAUGGUUACACGUUUAAAAGACUGGAAAAAUAAUUAAUUAUCGAUAAUUUAAAAUGAACUUUCAAUCAUUUGAUGGUGAAAAAAGAUUUUCUAAUUCAGCUUUCUUCUAUUUCUAAAAUGCGGUGAUGUCCAAAUAAUGUUUGGAAAAAUAAACGUUGUCUACAGGAACACAGAAAAUAUUAAAAUUAUUGACUUCCACCAGUAAGAUAACAGCAUCAAGUUCUCUUAGUGCACUCAUGCAGAAAAGCAGACUUCAUCUCGUCAGCUUAGGCCGACCCACAGUGCGUAAGGUCGCUUCGCGGUUGUACUGUGUAGAAAACGCAAUAUAUUUACCAAAAAUUCCUGCAGUGACUUGUUACUGAGGUUAUUGUUCAUUUGUACGAGAUAAUGAACCCCUUAGUAACAAUGACAAUUGUAAAUGUAAAAAAAAAAAACCCGAACCAUAUUGGAAAUGUUUACGUCACCACAUUUUGCAAAUUGAUGCAAGAUGAAUUUUCCAGUUGUGUUGAAAACACGUACGAAUGCAAAAAUGUGUUUCAUUUGCCGAAUUAUCUAAAAACUCGCUUAAAAGUUGUGAAUUUCCUGUUCCCCUGAAUACUUUGUUCUCAAUUCGUAUAGAAAGGGGUGAGUUGAGAUUCCAAGGGGAUGUUAAUGAAGUGACUAGCCAGAAAACGAGAAACUUUGAAAAUAGUUUUGUCCAAAUAAGAAAGAGACUUUUGUUUCUUGUUUUCCGCAAGUUAUAUAAGUGUGAAAAGUUCAAGUAAUCCUAAGCUAAGAAGUUACGACAUACCAAGUACGACUUGGCAGUUUUUUUAAAAAAAAAAUCACACAACACCCAUUUCACAUUUUCGUGGUAACCUUUAACACCGUGAAGAGAUGAGUUCCAACAACAUCAUUCCAAUAAAUAAUUAAAGCCAAGCUCUUCUUAAAUGCAAGAAAGCUGUAUAGAAACCACUUAAAAUACCAAAACUCUUAUCUCUGGUGAUAUUACUUAGCCAUGAGUAAAAAUAUCUCGUUUCUUACGACAUUACAGUUUUAUUCCAGGGUUAAAAAUAUCCCAGUAUAAUCCGUUUAAAGUGAGAUAUUUAAGUUAUCUUAACUACGGUUAUCGUAUUGUUGUAACAACAUUUCACUGAAGUACAAAUAUACUAACAAUGUUGAUAAAUUAUACGUGGACGCAUUGUUGUGCUGAAAUUCGUACUUUCUUAUACGUUAAACCACUCUACUGCGAUUUACGAUGGCGACAACAAUUGUGAAAUUGUCAGGAUAUUAAACAUUCUACACUUUUUUAUAAUUAUUAGAGCAACUCGCUCCUUUCGGAGCGCUCUAUCUGGUCUGAUGUUUCAGUUCUUUACUUCGCUGUUCAGAGGUUAACUGUUCUUGGUCAGUCAACUUUCUACGUCCAACUCCACCCUUGCAAAUCGUCUUAAAAUCGAUCAUAAAGUCAGUUUUCGUAAUAAAUGUGACUGUUGGCAACAUUUUUUGGGCACAUUAUUGCAGUGCAUGGUGCCGAUACAAAACCGAGGUUCGACGGUCGCAGAUAAACUGAUGUUUUGGUUUUUCAUUAUGAUCACAGAUCUUGUUUGUGGUUUUAUUAACGACGCCCUUGGUUUGUACACGGCUUUCUUGAUCGCUUUCGCGCCAAACAACCCCACAAAUUUUCCAGCAAGAAUUGAUUCGUGACAGCGUAACAUGUUGUACUACGACUUUGUCAUGAAGUGACACUUCAGUGGGGAAACUUGUGUUAAAUCAGUGUUUUUUCUAUGUAAAUAGUGAAGAAGACAGACGAUCCUCUCGCUCAGGGUGAGGUGCUGGUGUAUAUAACAAACUGAAUUUUUUCUUCUUCAAAGUGCCAAAGACUAAAACAAUAAAAUUUAAGUUCUAGCCAUGCACAUGUAUUUAGUUUAACGAUGCACAGAUAUUUUCGGCCUUUGAACUAGAAACGCCGUGGGUCGUUAAGCCAUGUUUAUUUGUGAUGAAACCAGAGACGAACAAACAGUGUUGCACUCAGAAACGUUAUAGAAAAAUGGUGUGUAUUCAGUGUAAUAUAUUUGAACGCUUAAAAAGCUCAUCGACUCCUGAAUCAUCCCAGACUGUUGAAAAUCCCGCGUCGUUUGCUUGGAUAUUUGAUUAAUUUUAUUCGUAAUUGUUUGUUUCUUAAUUUUAAUUUUCAGGAAACUUUCUCUGUAUAUCUAGAGUAAUGAAAAAUAAUUACUUUAGUCUUAAUUGUUACUUUAUUGAUAUUUUGUCUCUCCCCCCCGUCUUGAAAGAUGUGUUUUUGAAGGGUAAUUACAGUUGACGCUGGAACCUGUUUACGAAAAUCGGUUACGAAGCGUAUUUUCUUGUGCGAUUUAACCACAAUAUAAGUGUUUCGUUAACAAUUUAAUGCCACACUAAUUAAUAAUAAACGGGCCAUUGCAUUUUA